AUGGGAAUCAGAUUUCCACCAUUUAAUGGGAUAGUUCUCUACCUACCUCACUGUGUCAAUAAUGAAACAUACAACUUCUGUGAUGCCGUCUGUGCCGGACUUCAGUUUGGAGAACCUGAAACAGGAGAUUGUGAAGGAUGCUCAAAUGAUUGUUCAGCAGUUUUUAGCCCAGUAUGCAGUUUAGAUCAGGAGAUCAUUUACCCAAACAGUUGUCAUGCAGCCUGUGCAGGAGUUCAGUUUAAAGAUUGCGAGGGUGUGAAUACAAUUAUCCCUGGUAAAUCCCCCCUGCCUCCUACACAUCUUCUUCCUGAGAGACUUCAGGGUUUCCAACCCAAGGAAGCUGCACCAGAGAAUUUUUAGCUUCUAGUUUUAUAGGUUAUUGUAAUUUUGUCAAGUAAAGUCUAAAUACCAAAAUAAAUUUUGUUCUUAGAAA